AUGUCAAGGAACCCUCUGCUUUCUACACAGUAUACGGGCCUGUCUGGUCGCAUUUACACUAUAGAACACGUUUUACAGGAGGAUGUUUCUCCGCCACGUCAUGUUUAUCGUGCCUCGGCGGACGGCCACAAGUUCAUAUUGAAUUACAUACACCCCGUCAACUUUGAGAAUCUUCAAGAUGUCAACAACCGCCUACGUGGCAAUGCAAGCCAUGUCUGCCUUGCUGUGGACACUAUCCCUGACAAGUCUAUGUUUGUUUUCAAACACUUCGCAGAUCAUCUCUUAACCCUUGCCCAGAAGGACUUGCCCCUUAUAGUGAUUAAGAGAAUUCUCAAGAAGGUUCUUACUGGGAUUGCUGAGCUUCAUGAUUGGGAUAUCGUUCACACAGAUAUAAAAGCUGACAACGUUUUCAUUGACUGGCAGAAUCAAAAUGAUGAAAUUUGUGUUGACAACGUUCAACUUGGAGAUCUCGAACAUGCAGCUCACAUUCCCCCCGGGUGCGCUAUGAUUGGGAAACAGGCAGGCAACCGGAUGUGGAGAAGCCCCGAAGCCCACGCAAGAGGACCUGUCAACAAACCUUCGGAUGUUUUCUCGUUUGCUCUUGUUUGCAUCUGCGCCGUUCAUAAGCGCAUCAUUUUCGCAGUUCGAGAAGACGAAUUGGAAGAGGGUGUCGAUCCCCUCGCUGUCACAAUCGAGCGCCAGGUCUCUUACUUCGCAGAUGAAGAUGGGCUCAAUGGGUUUUGA